GGUGGGUAAGGCAGUAAAAGUGAAAAACCAAAUGCGCGACCCAUUCGAUUUCGAUCUCCUAAAAAACCUACGUUUUGACCACCAUUUUCUUGAUCAGUUUGUUAAUAAUUUACCCUCCUCUUUCUCUUCCAUUUACCAACAGAACUUGUUUCUCCAAUAAAUAUAUAUUAUUUAUUUUCGUUUUGAAUUUUUUCAUCUUCUCUUCUCUCUUCCCCGCUCCCUCGCCCUCUCUCUGUAUCUGAGUACUUUGCAGAGGAAAGCUAAACGAUUCAAGGAAUUAUUUGACUGUAGGGAUUUAUGUCCUUCCAUCAAUCAAGGUCCGAUAGAAGCGAGACACAGUAUCGAAAAUCAGGACGAUCCGCCGGUUCAAAUCAGCAGCGGACCUCCUCAGGCUCUUACGGUAAGGGCUCUGGCGGUGGGCCCGCCCCUUCACCGUCUAUUUCCUUUUCUCCGUCGCUUUCCUCCAAUCGCAGUUUUAAGAAGUCUCACAAUGCACAAGGAGGUCAAUCUAGGGUAAACGUGCCAACUGUCAAUGCUAGUAGCAAUGCUUCUGCAUCGCGAAAUAUUCAGAAUGGUGCACCUUUACAACCUCGGUUACGUGGAACAGCUGAUGUACUGGUUGGUAGUGGUGCUGCCAAGCAUGUUGAAUCGCCCACCACUCAGAGUGGCACCCAAGCUGUUCCAAAGGCUCCAAUUUCUCAACCUUCCUCCAUGAAUUCUGACCAUACUGGACCUGCGAAUCAAUCAAAGGGUCAGGGAGAUGCAUCCAAGGAAUUCCAUUUUCAGUUUGGCUCGAUUGGGAUGCAGAUUCCAGCUCGAACUAGUUCAGCUCCCCCAAAUUUGGAUGAGCAGAAAUGUGAUCAGGCACGCCAUGACGCUUGCAGAUCAGUGCAAACACAAUCUGUCCCUAAGCAGCAGUUACAGAGCAAGGAUGCUAGUGCUACCGAUCAAUCUAGUACUGGGGAAGUUCAACAAGUGAUGAAACCCAAAAAGGAAGUACCAGUGUUGCAUGCUCCCACUUCAAAUCAAACACAGAAGCCUUCUGUUCUUCCUAUGCCAAUGCCUUCUAUGCAAAUGCCAUUUCACCAACAGCAAGUAUCCAUGCAGUUUGGUGGGCAUAGACCACAAAUGCAAUCUCAGAAUGUAACAGGCACCUCCCUUCAAUUGCCACUCCCCAUUGCAUUACCCAUGGGAAGCGGUCAGCAGCAUAUGUUUGUUCCAGGUCUCCAACCGCAUCCAAUGCAGCCUCAGGGAAUCAUGCAUCAGGGACAGGGCCUAAAUUUCACAGCUCAUAUGGGUCCUCCCCAGCUAGGCAAUAUGGGAAUUGGCAUUACAUCACAUUACCCCCAACAGCAGGGAGGAAAAUAUGCUGGUCAUCGUAAGACCAUAGUGAAGAUUACGGAUCCGGAGACACAUAAGGAGGUCAGACUUGAUGAACGAAUGGACACUCAUACAGAUAGUGGGGUUUCAGCCCCUAGGUCUCACACAAACAUUCCUCAAUCCCAGCCAAUUCAAACAUUUUCACCUGCUCAUCAGAUCAAUUGUUAUUCCAGUUCGUUCAAUCAUGGUUCCAUGUAUUUUCCGACUCCAGGUUCUCUACCAUUAAUGAGUAGCCAGAUAACUCCCAAUUCUCAGGCACCAAGAUAUAACUAUACUGUUGGCCAGGGUCCCCCUAAUGUAUCAUUCAUUAAUCCAACAACCAUAGGCUCCUUGCCAGUUAGCAAAACUGGGAUUCCAAUGCCUUCUGUUGUGGAACCACCAAACUCAGAUCAUUCUCGUGAUGAGCAUAAUAUAAUUUAUUCUGCUCCUUCAGGAACUGUACAGGUGACAGUUAAACCAGCCAAAGUAUCUGUUGGAGAAAAGGUUGCUGACUCUUCUCUUUCUGUUAUCUCACCCGCUGUUGGAAAGGGUGGUUUGUCAAAACCAUCAAGGCCGUCUGGGGAAGGUAGUGGAUCAUCAGUUUCUACGUCAUUGCCGGCAGCUACUAAACAGUCUCUGGCAGUUUCUCCUGCUGCCUCUACUGACAACCUGACAACUAAUUCUGUGUCCUCUUGUUCAACUGCUCCAUCUGCAGAGCCUGCACCUGUUGCUACCAAUGUGGAAGGCAGAACAACGGAAAGCUUGAGUAGGUUGAACUCUAACAAGGAUCAUCAAAAGAAGCCUGCCAGAAAAGAACUGAUUCAUUCACAGCAGGAGGUUGGUGUAUCUACUUCAACAUCAAGCUUGGUUUUGCGAGCUUCAGAACAUGGUAUAUCUUCCAGCAGUAAAGUUUCUGAUUCUGUAAAAACAAAAACAAAUCCUAUUACAACAACAACUAGUGAAGUUUUGUCAGAACUAACCAGAGAAUUGGUUUCAACUUUUGAGGCUCCUGAAUCAAAGUCUGAAAUUUCUAGUGCUGCAAACAGCGAUAAUUUCUUGGAUGCUGUUCAAAAUGCUAAUAUGAAGCCUGGUGAACGUUCUUCACACGAAUACUUGAUAACAGAACGAGCAGAAGAGACAUUGUCAGAAAGGUCCAAGAAAGAUAUUAAUAGCCUUGAUAUUUCUCCUGAACCACUUACUUCAAAAUCUGCCAAUCUUGAUGACCAAACUCAACAGGAAUCUGUGUUGAAGACAGCGGCUACCAGCAAUGAGGUUUCAAUGGUUGCAACUGUUGAGGAGAAGUUUGAUGAACCUGCAAGUUAUUGCACAGAAGGUGGCACUGGCAGGGUAUCUGAUAACAUGUCUAUCUCUGGAGCCAUGGGUUCAGCAGAUGUUGAAAGUUUGCAUGUUAAUAUGACAUCAAGUGUGGAUACCUUGUCAAGCAGAAGUAGUGCAAUAGAUGAAAACUCUGCUCACCCUUCAACCACAGAAACUCCAGAAGAAAUGAUGAGAAAUGAAAGGGAAAGUCUUGAGAACAGGGGGGCUGGAUUGGUGUCAGUUCCAGCAUCUGGUUUCAAGGAUAAGCCUGUACUGGAAUUAACUGGGUCAAAGAGCACUACUUCUGGAGGAAAGAAGAAGAGGAAAGAAAUUCUUCAGAAAGCAGAUGCUGCUGGGACAACUUCUGAUCUCUACAUGGCUUAUAAGGGUCCUGAAGAGAAGAAAGAGGUUGGCAUUCCUUCAGAAACUGCUGACAACUCUUCUACUGUUAUAAAUUUAAAGCAGUCGUCUGUGGAUGCUGUAGCAAGUGAGAAGAUUGUGCAGAUCAAAACGGAGCCUGACGAUUGGGAAGAUGCUGCUGACAUCUCCACACCUAAAUUAGAACCUUCAGGUGUUGGGGAACAGUCUUCGAGACCGUUGGUGCAAAAUGAGGACAAUGGAGAUGGUAACCUGGGAAAGAAGUACUCCAGAGAUUUCCUCCUGAAAUUUUCUGAGCAUUGUACUGAUCUUCCAGAGGGAUUUGAGAUUGCAUCUGAUAUUGCAGAGGUCAUGAUGGGUGCUAAUAUCAGUGUCUCUCAUCUUGUUGAUCGUGAUUCAUACCCUAGUCCUGGAAGAACAAUGGAUAGGCUGACUGGGGGACCUCGAAUGGAUCGUCGUGGUAGUGUUAUUGUUGACGACGACAGGUGGGGUAGAAUAACUGGUCCAAGUUUGGCGAGGGAUAUGCGUCUAGAUGUUGGUUAUGGAGGUAACGCAGGAUUUCGACCUGGCCAAGGAGGCAACUACGGUGUUCUAAGGAAUCCACGAGCUCAGAUGCCUGUGCAGUAUGGUGGAGGGAUCUUAUCUGGACCAACACAAUCCAUGGGUCCUCAGGGUGGGAUGCAAAGAAAUAGUCCUGAUGCUGACAGGUGGCAACGUGCUACUAAUUUCCAGCAGAAGGGUUUAAUUCCUUCUCCAACUCCAUUGCAGGUCAUGCACAAAGCAGAGAAGAAGUACGAAGUUGGUAAAGUGACCGAUGAGGAAGAAGCUAAAAAGCGGCAGUUGAAAGCUAUUCUGAACAAACUAACACCUCAGAACUUUGAUAAACUUUUUGAGCAAGUAAAAGGUGUAAACAUUGACAAUGCUGUCACUCUCACUGGUGUCAUUUCUCAAAUUUUUGAUAAAGCUUUAAUGGAGCCAACAUUCUGUGAGAUGUAUGCUAACUUUUGCUUUCAUCUUGCUGGAGAGUUGCCUGAUUUUUGUGAAGACAAUGAAAAGAUUACUUUUAAGAGAUUGUUGCUGAACAAAUGCCAAGAGGAAUUUGAGAGAGGGGAGAGAGAGCAAGAAGAAGCUAACAAAGCUGACAAAGAAGGUGAGAUUAAGCAGUCUGAUGAGGAAAGAGAAGAAAAGAGAAUUAAGGCUCGAAGAAGGAUGCUUGGUAACAUUAGGCUGAUUGGUGAAUUGUACAAGAAGAAAAUGUUGACUGAGAGAAUAAUGCAUGAAUGUAUCCAGAAGUUGCUGGGUCAGUAUGAGAGUCCUGAUGAGGAAGAUGUUGAAGCGUUGUGUAAAUUGAUGAGCACAAUUGGGGAGAUGAUAGACCAUCCCAAAGCCAAAGAGUAUAUGGAUGCAUAUUUUGACAGGAUGGUGAAGUUGUCCAACAAUUUGAAGUUAUCUUCUAGAGUUAGGUUUAUGUUGAAGGAUGCAAUUGAGUUGAGGAAUAAUAAGUGGCAGCAAAGGAGGAAGGUUGAAGGGCCAAAAAAGAUUGAGGAGGUGCACAGAGAUGCUGCUCAAGAAAGGCAAGCUCAAACCAGUAGGCUUUCCAGAGGUUCCAGUAUGAAUUCUUCAUCAAGACGGGCACCUCCAGAUUUUGGUCCUAGAUCAGCUAUGUUGUCUUCCCCAACUUCUCAGAUGGGCAGUUUUCGUGGAUUGCCCUCUCAAAGUCGUGGUUAUGGCGUUCAAGAUGUACGAAUGGAUGAUAGACAAUCUUAUGAGUCUAGGGUGGUAGCUCCCUUGCCUCAAAGACCUAUAGGUGAUGAUUCAAUUACUUUGGGGCCCCAAGGUGGUCUUGCCAGACGAAUGUCUAGUGUUGGUGAACCUAGAAUAACAACUGCUGGUUUGAAUGGUUUCAGUUCUUUGUCAGAGCGAACUGCUUAUGGUUCUAGGGAGGAUCUAAUGCCAAGAUAUCAUCCAAAUAGAUUUGCAGGCCCAACUACUUCUGAUCAAAUGAGUGCUCAAGAGCAUAGCAUGAAUUAUGCUAAUCGUGAUACAAGGACCCCAGAUCAAAGUUUUGAAAGGCCUCUUGCAACUUCGCUGCCCACACUAGGCCAGGGACAAGCUUCAACUGAAAAUGCUCCAUCCGAAGUGCGGCGAGAAGAAUGCCUGAGAGAUAUGUCCUUGUCAACAAUUAAAGAAUUUUACAGUGCCAGGGAUGAGAAAGAAGUUGCUUUGUGCAUUAAAGGUUUGAAUUCCCCAAGCUUCCAUCCUUCAAUGGUCUCUCUCUGGAUUACAGACUCUUUUGAGAGGAAGGACAUGGAACGGGAUCUUUUGGCUAAGCUUCUUGUUGAUCUUGCAAAAUCUCCAGACAGCAUGUUAAGGCCAGUUCAGCUUAUGGAAGGGUUUGAAUCUGUUCUCUGUAACUUGGAGGAUGCAGUAAAUGACGCCCCAAAAGCAGCAGAAUUUUUAGGCCGUAUUUUUGGGAAAGUCGUUCUUGAAAAUGUGAUACCCUUGAGAGACAUAGGGCGGUUGUUGUAUGAAGGAGGAGAGGAGCCAGGACGUCUUCUUCAAAUUGGGCUUGCAGGUGAUGUUCUUGGUAGCAUAUUAGAGAGUAUUAAAUCAGAUAAAGGAGAAGCUGUGUUAAACGAGAUUCGAAUGAGCUCCAAUUUGUGGUUGGAGGAUUUCCGGCAUCCAGACCCUAACAGAUCAAAGAUAUUAGAAAAAUUUAUUUAGAGAUAGUGAUGCUGAUUGUACCUUGUUAGAAGAAAUUAAUCUACAUUGCUUUUAGGGUACUUAUUAAUUUGCGAAAAUAUCUUUCUUAUUUGGUGGGGUGGAGUGGGGUGAGGUGGGUGGGAUAUGUAUGGCAGCAAUAUAGGGUUUUCCUUCUCCAUGCCUUAAUAUUAUUUCUUCAAAAUAUCUACUGCAAUUAUGAAAAGGGUUCAAUUCAGCAUCAAAAUCAUUUGUUGA